GCAACCCUGCAGGACCUCUCCUUCACCAUCGCCGACACCCUCAACAUCCCCAUCGAGAACCAGAAACUCCUCAUCGCCCCGAAACCAGGCAUACAAAAGCACCCCUUCGCGCCAACCCCGCUCUCAACCCUCCUCCCGCUCACCUCCCCAAAUUCAAACUCACCCUCCUCGGCACCCCAGCCCAGGAAAUCGACAAGCGGCAUCCACACCCUCUCAAGCGCCGGCAGCAACACCUACACCUUCCACCGCCUCCUCCCGCUCUCGUACCUGCCCAACCCGUCGCGGUCGCUGGAGUUCCUGGCCCGCCUGCGCGACGACCCGGGCAUCCGCGCCGCCAUGGCAAAGCACCGCUUCUCGGUCCCGCUGCUGACGGAGAUGGAUCCGGCGGAGCAUACCACGAGCGAGUCGCGCACGCUCGGCCUGAACCGGAAUAAAGGCGAGGUGAUCGAGCUGCGGCUGCGCACGGAUGCGUACGACGGAUACCGCGAUUACCGGACGAUUCGCAAGACGCUGUGCCAUGAGCUGGCGCACUGUGUGUUUAGCGAGCAUGAUCGCGAUUUCUGGGAUUUGACGGCGCAGAUCGAGAAGGAGGUUGAGCGGGCGGAUUGGAAGCAUGGGGGAAGGAGGUUGACGGAUGAGGAGUUUUAUAACCCCGGGGAUUGGGAGCGGGAGAAGGAUGCGACUGUGGUGGAUGAGAGGGGGGAUGAGAGCGGUGGUGUGGAAAGUCGGCGUGAGAUUAUCGCUCGCGCGGCGGAGGAGAGGAUGCGGAGAGAGCGAGAGAGGGAGAGGGGAGGAGCACAGGGAGGUGAUAGAUGAUGUUCCUUUCGAAGAUGGACCUACGACCAUGGGGCAUGAUGUGACGAUUUUAAUACCCUUGCAUUUUUGUAUUUGCAUUUGGAAAGAUUUGAGAUAGAUAUAUAUAUACAUUAAAUCUGCUCGUUCACAAAC